UUUGAUCCCCUCUUCUGGCUGCAUCAUUCACAAGUUGAUAGAUUGUGGGCAGUAUGGCAAGCAUUGCAGAUCCAUCGUGGAAAACCCUACAAACCAUACUGCGCUCUUUCAGAGGUCCAUCGUCCUUUGAAACCAUUUGCCUUCGAACCACCACUGAAUAACAACAAACAUACAUAUCGCCACGCAGUACCAACAGAUGUUUAUGAUUAUCAGUCAGACCUUCAGUACACUUAUGAUACGCUCUUCUUCGGAGGAAUGUCCGUUAGAGAGCUUCAGAGACAUAUCGAAGAAGACAAGGCUAAAGAUCGUGCGUUUGUUGGCUUCCUUUUGAUGGGUAUCAAAACAUCAGCAAAUGUUGACAUCACUGUCGACAGUGCAGGUAACACAUACAAUGCUGGAUCAAUAACAAUCCUUGGAGGCAGCAAAGAGAUGGAAUGGAGAUUUGAUCGACUUUACAAAUAUGAAAUUACUGGAGCACUAGCUGAACUUGGUGUAGAUAUGCACGCUGAUUAUAGCAUAACCUUACAGAUUACCGAUAUCAAUGGAACAGCUCUUCCAUCCACCGCAAUUCCAGAUCCAAUUGUGAUAUUCACUCCAGGAAGAG